AUGCACCCUUCUAACAACCCUGGUGCAAUGUUGGUGACGAUUUCUUUCAACGGUAUCGGUUAUCGAUCCUGGAGGAGAAGUGUUCGUGCCAUUUCAGUGAAGAACAAGUUAGGAUUCAUCAAUGGUGAGUGCAAACCUCCAGAACCAGAUUCCCCAUCUCUUCGUCAGUGGAUGCGUUGUGACGACAUGGUUACUUCGUGGAUCUUAAAUUCUGUUGCUAAAGAUAUCGCAUAUAGCAUAGAAUAUGCAAAUGAUGCGGCCGAAUUAUGGACAGAAUUAGAGGAUCGCUAUGACCAAACCAAUGGAACCAAAUUAACUAUUUGUCUCAAGGACUGCCAGUUCACCUGUGGAGCCAAAGAGUCCAUGCAUAAGGCCGAACAAAACAGGCGUCUGAUUCAAUUUUUGAUGGGACUUAAUGAGGUAUAUACGGUUGUGCAAGGUAGUAUUCUGAUGACGAAUCCAUUACCAUCAGUGGCUCAAGCAUUUUCUCUACUGAUCCAAGAGGAAAAACAAAGGGAAGGCAGACCAAAUAACUCGCUUAUGAUGGAAUCUGCAUCUAUGAAUGUCAAUGCUUCUAGGAAUAUCAACUUGCCUACAAUGGAAUCUACUUCUUUGAAUGUCAAUACAUCUAGAAAUGAGAACUUCAAAACCAAUUAUUCCACUGGGAAUCACUCAAAUAGCAGGCCUCGUCCAUUCUGCGAUUACUGCAAGCGUCCAGGGCGUACCAAAGAUAAGUGCUUUAAGUUGCAUAGUUAUCCUAAAAAAAACAACUUUAAUCCUAGGUUCAAUAAGGGCAAAAGGAUUUCUACCAAUGUGCAUGGUGCACCAGUUGAAUCCAUGUCAGUUAAGGAUGAUGGAUGA